AUGCCACGACAUAUACCAUUACGAAUUUAUUUACCGGAAAAUUGUCCGGUAAUACAGGAGCCGGUCACUCCGGUGGAUGAAAACGGUAUCUUGUCAUCCCAAUUUUUGUUACGAAAUCAACUUACCCUGGGUGACGUUCUACACCAAAUACUUCCCGAUCUUUUUCCAUCACCGGUAGCAAGUGAGAACAAUUCCACUGCCGCGCCGGUGAUUCAUGGUGUGAUUCCACAACUAGAAAUGCCUAUUGUAUGGGCGUCACAGAAUCUCUGUUACCCCGAUAAUUUCCUGCAUAUUGUGGUUUUGAUGGGAAUAUGA